AUGGCCACCGAAACCGCAAGCGCAGCUGCGCAUGUUAUCUCUGCCGAACCGACACGAGACUCCAGCUACAAUGAUUUCACUUUCAUGCCCUUCUUGCGCAAGAGCUUCGGAUUCGGACUCGCCAGCGAUGUGCCCGUCUGCAAAGCCUACAGCGAGGGCCAUUGUCCAUUAGGACCUGCUUGUCCAGAUCGCCACCCUACUCCGUCGCGCGUCACCACCUCAACGACCACAGCAUCCGGAAUGGCACCUUCGACCACGCAUGGGUCACUAGUUUGCAAGCAUUUCCUGAAAGGACUGUGCAAGAAAGGAUUGAAAUGCGAAUAUCUUCACGAGUACAACCUUCGCCGGAUGCCGGAAUGCCAGUCAUUCUCACGAUCCGGAUACUGCACCAACGGCGACGACUGCCUAUACCAACACGUCCGCGAAGAGGCACGUUUACCACCAUGCGAGCACUACGACCGCGGAUACUGUGAGCUGGGGCCCCUCUGCGCGAAGCGACAUGUGCGUCGACGCCUGUGUGUCUUUUACCUGGCUGGGUUCUGUCCCGAUGGAAAAGCUUGUGCGAAUGCUCACCCCCGAUGGACGGAAAACCUGCCUCGACCUACAAUGCGCGCCGAGAAGACGGAAGAAGAGCUAGAACACGAACGAACACUUAUUCGGGAAGAACAAGAGCGGGAGAAGGAACGGGAAAGAGAAUGGCGCAACGAACGUGGGCGAGGUGGUGGAUUUGGACGUGGCCGCUUCCGCGGGCGUGGAAGGGGUUAG